AUGAUUCAUGGACCAUGUGGUAGAGCAUUCUCAAAAUCUUCCUGCAUGAAAGAUGGGUACUGCACCAAAUAUUAUCCCAAGACAUUCAGUAAAACCACAGUUAUCGAUGAUAGUGGAUACCCAUCAUAUAGAAGACGAGACACAAGGGUGGUUACUGAGAAGAAAGGAGUCCAUAUGGAUAAUAGGAAUGUGGUUCCAUACAAUGCAUAUCUACUGAUGUCUUAUCAAGUGCAUGUUAAUGUAGAGUACUGCAACAAGUCGAAUGCUAUCAAAUAUUUGUUCAAGUAUGUGAAUAAAGGUUCAGACAGGGUAGCAGUUGGAGUUACAAAGGAAGCUUCCAGUGGAGAGGAUGCUCAGGUUAUUGAUGAGAUCAAACAAUUCUAUGAUUGCAGAUAUUUGUCUGCAUGUGAGGCUGUGUGGAGAACCUUAGCGUAUGAUAUUCAUCAAAGGUGGCCUUUGGUGAUGAGAUUAACCUUUCAUUUGCCUGGAGAGCAAAAUAUCAUCUUUAAAGAUGAUGACGAUCUUGAAGAAAUCGUGGAAGAAGAGGAAGGAAAAUGUACAAUGUUCUUAGCAUGGAUGGAGGCCAAUAAAAAAUUUGAAGCAGGUCAAACUUUGACGUAUGCUGAAUUUCCAAAUCAAUUUGUUUAUGAUAGAGAAUCAAGGGUAUGGCAUCCACGCAAAAGAGGGUAUUCUAUCGGGAGGUUAAAUUAUGUUCCACCGGGUACAGCUUCUAAGAUGCUUGCUAUUCCAUGGGACUACUGUGCGAUGAUAGGGAAUUCAUUGCAGCUAUUAAUGAGCAUUAGCAACCCAGAGCGUGUUUGGAAUGCAACUUGGACAUUAUUGGCUGAUGGAAUACUAUAUGAGAGGAGAAAAGCUUUGAAAAACCAAGGACUAAGCAUGACUGAUGACGAAUUGAAAAACCUUUGCCUUAUUGAGAUUGAGAAGAUACUCAACAGCAAUGCGAGAUCUUUAAGAGACUAUCAAUCAAUGCCAUAUCCUGAGAUGUCUCAUGUUCGCCUUUUUCAAAAUAAGCUAAUAGAGGAGGAGUUAGCAUAUGACACAAAUGAGUUGACUCAUACAAACUUAUAUACAGAACAAAAGAUGACUCAUGAGCAAAGGUUAGUAUUUGAUGAGAUACUCAAUGCUGUUGUUACAGACUCUGGUGGUUUUUACUUCGUUUAUGGGCAUGGUGGGUGUGGUAAGACAUUUAUUUGGAAUGGACUUUCUUAUGCUAUUCGGUCUAGAGGAAAAAUUGUUUUAAAUGUCGCAUCCAGUGGAAUUGCUUUUUUACUCCUACCUGGUGGCAGAACGGCUCAUUCUAGAUUUUCAAUACCCAUUACAAUUACUGAUGAAUCUACUUGCAACAUCAAGCAUGACAGUUUGAAGGCUGAGCUGCUCAUCCAAAGUAGCUUAAUAAUUUGGGAUGAAGCUCCAAUGCUCAAUAAAAUGUGCUUUGAAGCACUUGAUAGGACGCUCAGGGAUCUUAUGUCAGUUACCGAUCAACAUAAGACACAUCAACCAUUUGGUGGUAAGGUUGUUGUUCUAGGAGGUGAUUUCAGACAGAUACUUCCGGUGAUUCCGAAAGGAAGUAGACACGAUAUAUUGGCAUCUGCUAUUAACUCAUCCCAUUUGUGGUCAUUUUGUAAGGUUCUGAAACUGCAUACGAAUAUGAGGCUUCUAAUGUCUUCUUUGGAUCAAGAUGAAGGUGAAAUGAAGAGAUUUGCUAAUUGGAUACUUGAUGUUGGAAAUGGAAAUAUUGGCUCUAUUGUUGGUGAUGAAUCAGAAGUUGAAAUUCCAAAUGAUCUAUUGAUUACAACUACUGAUGACCCUCUCUCUCAUUUGGUAGACUUUUCAUAUCCAAAUUUGUUGCAAAACAUGUCAGAUUACAGGUAUUUUCAGAGUAUGGCAAUUCUUGCACCCACGCUUGAGAGUGUCGAGAAGCCCUACCGGCAACACCUUCCACCCACCACCCCUCCCCAGCACUCCUCCACCACUGCCACCGCCGCCACCACUAUAACCGCCUCACAACCUUCGCAACUCAUGCGAGUCCUCCACCUCUUAUUCUUUCUCCACAACCUCCCAAAACUUCACCCAGUGGAGGUUUUCUCUCCCGACAACACCUUCCACCACCACCACCACUACUCCUCCGCCACAACAACCACCACCAAUGCCACAUCAAUAAAGCCAACUUCUUCAGCCAUUAGAGCCAACCUUGCUGCUAUUGCAAUGACUCUCCAUGGCCUCUUCUACUGUGCAGCCACCAUAACAGAUUGCUCAAUGAGUUUCCUUCAUCAUAAAAAAUUGUUAACUCCCUAA